GUGCGAAGUCAACAAGCCGGGAUGAUUUGUGUUUAUAGUUCUCGUCCACACUCCAAGCUUGCGCCCUCAUGGUUGCAUCUUCAGUAAAGGUGUGGUGCUGUCUAUAGUCCUCAUCCACACCCCAUGCUUCUGCUCUCAUGGUUCUAUCUUCAGUGAAAACUUCGUAUUGUCUUGCUGUGUCGUGUUGCGCUGAGGCGAGAUGCAUGGUAGCCAAGAGGAAGUAAUGAAUGGAUAACAUAAACACAGAUGGCAUGUUUGAACUGUCGUGUCUUUACGUGUGUGUGUUUCCUUCCGUCUUACAAGUGGUCAGUAAAAGAGAGUGUUCUUGAGGUUGAUGUCUUGAAAAAAAUAUCUCGCGUGACCGAGUGACUGUAGUAGAAAUCUUCACUUCACAUCCAGAAGCUUAGAAAACACGAUUCCUCUGCACUUCCUUGCCUUGAUAACUGCGUGCGUGAUGUGUGAGUGUGUGAGGCUGACGACGACGUGUGUGUAACUGGCCAGCGGGUGGUGGUGGUAAUAGUGAUGGUGGCCAAGAUGUGUAAGGAGGAUGACUGUGACGCAUCUCUCUCUCUCUCUCUCUCUCUCUCUCUGAUUAUAUAGAUGAGGACAGCAGAGGGAGAGAAUAAGAUGGAAAGAUCGGAUAUUUUACAGAAUACAUAAGACAGGGAAGAUUUGCAAAGGUUGAGUGAAGGACCUACAGUAUAAUAAUAGAAGCUGUUGCUGAUGAUGCUGUUGCCUCGUGUAGUGGACUCUAUUUUUAGUCUUCGUGUCUAACUGCCUGCUUGCCUGUCACACUCUGUUUGACUCUAACGGACGCCUCUUACACGGUCAUCCCAGCGCCCUCUUUACUUCUCUCGGUAGAUCGCGAGUCUCUUGGUCACGGAUCCACGGUUUUGGCGCUCCGCUGUGAUCUGUGCUCGGAAUCAGUGUGUCAGUGAGCUUUAUGAUAUCAAGACGUGUGAGGCGGAGGCUGUGUUAAAGUAUAUAGGCGUUGAAGUGCAGGAAGGCGACGCCAGGAUGAGGAAUCUUGUUGUCUUGGCGCUGACAGGGCUGCUCGCUAAGGAGCAUACAGCGAGGGGCCACACUGAUAAGCAAAGGCCCGCAUCCUCUAGCACGAUCGUGGCACUCCCUCCUGUUGUGGCGGGAAGUGUCGUUACUCCACACACACGCCUAACAAAAAGUCAAAGGGACCUUUAUCUGUCACAAUCCCAGCAGCAGCAGCAGCAGCAGCAGCAGCAUCAGCCUGCUUGGAGUGCCGGGAGCCAGGGCGCAGCCACCCCAUUGGCUCGUCGCGCCACGCACACCGGGAACCACAGAGAACAUUGGCCACCUCAGGCCUUAAGCACUCGAUCCCAGUUCAAUAUGGAUAAAAAAGAAGACGGUGCUCCCGUGACUGCCUCAGUCACUACCGGGGGCUUGCUGACCAACCUUCACAGCUCCGCCUUCCCGAAUCCUGCUUCCUACUCCCAGUAUCUCUCCCCCGCCUCCCAGCAGGGCCGUGGAGUGCCUCCAGUGAGCCACUCUCUGGCCUCCUACCAGUACCACCAUCCCCUCAGCGACCCCUUCAGGGGCGACUUCCUCAUUAAGACCUUUUCAGCAACGAAGAGUGAGCGACAGCACGUGCCGGCAUCUGACGCAGCGUUGAGGAAGCGUAUGGGGAUAUCGGAGCAGCGUUACGCCUCCAGAGUAGCGGUCAGCAACCAGGAAACAGCCACCAGCGCUUACAUCCACGGCGGGCAGGACGGCUCGGAUCCUUCUCAGAUGGAACACGGAUUCGGCGGGAACUUAGUGAACGUCGAACCACUGCAGCAAAGCGAGGUCAAGACAGAACCCCCGGUGGUCGCAACAACUUCCCCUUUUCCUGCACAGAAGAGCAGCAAUCUCUCUGAGCGACAAGACACCGCAGACGUCUCUCCCAGUAAGAAUCAACCUCAGAUGGACUCCCCGCUGCGGUCCCUCUUCUCGUCCCCAAUGCUGCUGCUGCUCGGGGUGGUGUUCGCCGCCAGCGCCGCCUAUAUGGCCAUCGCCAUGGAGGAACAAGGCGCCCUGCAGCGUCUCCAGCAGGCGCAGCUGACAGCGGCCUUCGGUGAUCAGCCCUUCCUAGAGGGACGGACGAAGAGGAGUCUGCUCACCCACACACAUGCCCUCUCUCGUAUUGCUGCCCCGAAGCCUUGGUUCUCCUCACGGUGACACACACACACACACACACACACACACACACACACACACACACAUAAAAUAGACAGGAGGCAAGAAUCCAUCCCACUGGUGUAGCUCAGGCCCUGAGUAUACUCGAGCUACAGAGUGACGGAGCCAGUGUGUGCCUUUUUUCCAUUCAGCCUUCCACCUCUUCUGAUCCUUGGUGGAGUGAGUUGCUGGCUUUCAUACCCGCUUUUCAGAAAUAUCCGCCAUUGACUGGUGUCGGUGAUAAAGGUUUAAAUGAGGGAAAAUGUCGGUUGUCCUUUUCACCGAGGUCCCCGCCGCCAUAAUGGGUCGUCCUCUUGUAGCCUGUCGGUUCCAAUAUGAUUUUUAUGUUUUCUUAA